AAAAAGAAAAGAAACCAAAAAUUCUAGAAACUAAACAGAACCAAGAAAUCAGAACAAAAACAGAAAAAAGAACCAAGAUUGAUAUUGGGUAAUCUCUCUGCGAAAAAAAGGUGAACAGAAAUCAGCGAUGACAGAAGAUAAUGGCGCUAAGGUUUCCUCCGAUGUGCCCAAUGAUGCCUCACAAACAAGGCAAAGGAAGAAAAGAAAGUGGGAUCAACCUGCAGCAUCCUUGGUUUCAGCUGGUUUAGCAGUGCCUGGGGCUUUCCCAUUGGGAAAUGCGGGGUUGCUUGGUGGGAUUACAGUUCCUGGCGUAACUCCAGUGACUGGUGCUCAUCUGAUGAAUCCAUUUGAGGCUAGCUGUCCUACCAUCCCUCAGGUGUAUCAGGUACCUCUGAUACCGCAACAGACUGCCACGGUCAUCCAAAAAUUAAUUCAACCAAAGAUCCAAGAUGAGUUAAUAGCCCGAGAAAUUGUUAUCAACGAUGCAGAGUCUCUUGUUCGUUACAAGCUGACAAAACGCCAAACACAGGAGGAGAUCCAAAGAUGCACUGGUGCUGUGGUGAUAACAAGGGGCAAGUAUCGUCCACCAAAUGCAUCAACUGAUGGUGAAAAGCCAUUAUAUCUUCAUAUUUCUGCAGGGGCUAAUUUAAAAGAGACAGCAGAACGGAUUUUAGCAGUUGACCGUGCAGCUGCCAUGGUUGAAGAAAUGCUGAAACAGGGUCAGAAUCCGACUAUGAGCAACGGAUUGACGGCACCGAACACUUGUGUGUAUUUGGGCUUUGACGCAGAUCCGUCAUGGAACAUUGCUGCUCGUAUACGUGGGCCAAAUGACCAGUAUAUAAAUCACAUUAUGAAUGAAACAGGAGCAACUGUGUCACUCAGAGGGCGUGGUUCAGGAAAUCUUGAGAGUGUAAAUGGCGAAGAAGGACAGCUACCAUUGCAUUUAUUCUUGUCAAGUAAUAAUUCAAAAAAUCUUGAAGAUGCUAAACUUCUGGCUGAAAAUCUUUUGGAUACAAUCAGUGUAGAGUGUGGUGUCUCCAGGGUUUCAUCAUCUAAGGUUUAUAGUGCUGUUCCACCCCCACAGCAGGUAUAUAGUGCUGUUCCACCACCGCAUCAGUUGUUGGCUGGAGUUCAGAGUUCUGGAAAUGAGGUAAAAACAAUUACAAGUUUGUCGUCUCCAACUGUGGGUGCUACACCAGCUCCGGCAGUUUCCUCUGUUGGAAACCCUGUGGUCGCUACUGUCUUCUCUCAAGGGGCAAUAUCUCAACCUGGAGGGUUGUUAAACUCUGUUCAAUCUCAGGCAAACAUUGGUGGUUUUCCCCAACCUCUACCUCUAUUAUCUAAUGGAACAAGCUACAAUGGAUACGGUGGGAUAUAUCCUCAAGUCACACCUUUGCAACAAGUUGCUCUUGCCCUUAGACAGUCAUCCCCUAUCCCUUCUACAGUUGCUCCCACAACAUCAGCGCCAAGCACUGAACCAAAGUUGAAUGUUAACUCCACUUCUGGUUCUGAGAAGGAGAAACGACCUCCACAGUCACAGAGGCGGAAGUUUCAGGAGUUACCAGUUGGUCCUGCAACAGUCCAUCAGGUAUUUUCUCUGACCUUCUAUGAGGCUAACAUGCCAAUACUGGACCUCUCUAUUGGGCCACUAGUUUGUAUUUUUCACAGGGUUUUCAAUCUUGGAGGCGCCAUUGGGGUUCACUUGUGGCUUUGGAGCUAUAUUCCACCUACAACCUAGAUUUCAUGCAGUUUAGUUUAAUGUUAUAUACUUAGGUCAAGUUACAAUAAUAUAUUUUGUUUUCUGUUGGUUAUCAGUUUGUGAUAAAUCAAUCCGGUGUUGGAGUUCUUCAUUUCUUAGUGUUUCCUUCUUGGGCUGUCACCAGCAGCAUGCACAGCCAAAACUCCCAGAGAAGAGGUACCAUCAUGACCAAUGCCAACUUCACGUGCAUCUCAUGAACACUCCAUCAUUUUAAUGAGUAAAGAGUUAUGCAAAAUCUCAGCUACUGAUACUUUAUGGCAGUUGUAUUGACAUAAAAAUAGCUUUGGUAUUGAUGGUUGAACCUCUUGCUGUGAGAAAAUUGGAUGUGCAUGCUGGUGGGUGCUACUAGUGGAAUUUGAUCUAUGAUUGCUCCUGCUGUAAGCAAAAGUUUAUGUGUACUAGUCAUUAAAAGACGCGGUUCACACUUCCUUCUAUUUGUUGUAUACCUUUAUGAACUUGGCCAUAUCCUUGAAAGACAUGCUAGAUGCUAGACUUGCUUGAUGAUAUGAAAUCCAUUGUCUCUACUAACUUAAGUAUGUCCUUUAUAGAGUGUCGUAACUUUGUGCCUAUAUGAAUUUUAUUGUUUUGAUAAAUUAAUUUUCGCAGUUGCAGAUAUCAGUAUUUAAUCUUUAGGUUAUUAAUCAACUUUAUUACAUAACACCUCCAUUUUAUGGUUAUUGAGCUGUUAGUUUUUCCUUUUGGUUUCUUUUUUCCCCAACUGAAUGCAGGAACUGGAAAUGUCAAAGCCAAAUGAACUGUUGGCAGAUUUGGGUGUGAGAAAUGUAUCAACUCUGCCAGCUCCAAAGAAAUUGGUCCAGCCAGCAUCAAAUGGAAUGCCACCACCCCUACCUAGAACAAUGCCGCCGCCUCCACCAAAAUUCACCUCAUCAGCACACGUUCUGACCAAAACAAAAUCUGAUGAUGUCCCUG